CGAGAAUAGAAUAUACGAACACAACGAUUCCUAUGACGAGGCUGCAGGAACAAGUGUCAAUGUGGGCCCGGGUUCAUUCGCAGUGAAGUGCUGAUGAGAAGUAAAACCGCCAGUGAAAUAUAAUGGCUAAGAAUAAUUCCAGUAACAUGAUUAGGAAGAAACCUUCGAAGAGUUUGAGCCUUUCUGAGACUGACAGAUUUAAGGCGGCUGGACGUGCGGGGCAAGGGAGGCUUGCAAGAUGUGCCGAGUUCGCAGGGGUAAUGCUCGAGGACAGACUGGCGUUGAUCGAACACUUGAAUGAGGAGAGGGACAAGGUGAUAAAUCAGUUCCUUGACUCCGUUGAACAACUCCUGGAGCUCGUCCUCAAACGCCGGAAAGCCUUCUUCGAGCACGUUUCUAGCCUGCACGAGGAGCGCGUGGCGGCCGCCUCCAUGCAAAUUAAGCAGUGUAAAAAGGUCCAAACGCAGACGAUUGGUUUACUGAAAAAAAUGGAGAAAACAAAACUAACGACGGAGGACAGACAUGAUGUUAUAGAACAAGCAAAUCGGAAGAGCUUCGUGUACGAAGAAAUCCUACGACGGGAAUUUGCACAAUGUUUCGGCCUUGACUACAAGUUCAAGCCCGAUAGAUUGCUGGAGAACAUCUUGGACAAUCUUAAGAGCCUCGGAUCAGUUGGAGUGGUUGCCCGUCCAUCGACGUUACCCGCGUUCCUCUCUGAGUCAUGUGAGGUGGACCUGUCAAAGACACCUCUGAAGGGAAUUUGCUACGUGGACGGUAAAAGCUCCAAUGACAACAAGUAUUGCUGCUUCACAGGGGCGUGCUUCAUCUCAGGCGGCCGCUUCAUUCUCGCCGACUGGAACAACUGUUGCCUUAAGAUGUUCACCAGCAUGGGGAAACUGAUUAACCGCUUAGACCUUAAGAAUCAUCCCUGGGACGUCGUCGCUUCAAGGGAUCUUGACAGAGUUGUCUUAACGGUUCCAGGAGUGCCGAGGGUUUUCAUCGCCCGCUACGACGCAGUGUGUAUGGAGUUAGAGAGUUCAUUCGACGUGGAGUCCGAAGUAUGGGGCGUGACAACGCUGGGGAACAAACUCGCCAUUUCCUGCAACCCCUGGACCAAGACGCCGCCAAUGGUGAAGGUAUUCACGUUCGCCGGAGCGCCUCUGUCCCACUUCCGAUAUGAUAGGUUCGGAAGCCCUCUCUUCAGAUUCCCAGAAUACUUGACAACAGACAGUACCCAGCAGACGCUAUACGUCUCUGACGCCAAGAGCGAUGCUGUCGUAGCUCUGUCAGUCGCGAAUGGGGAAGUUUUAUUCACAUACACAAACAAGGCGCUGGUGUCACCUGCAGGCGUGGCGGUCGACAACCAGGGCCACAUGUACGUGUGUGGCCGCGGCUCAAGCAGUGUCCACCAAGUCUCCAAGGAAGGGGAGCUCAUCCGUAUCCUGCUAGGACACAAGAUUGUCCAGUGCCCUCGGGCUAUAUGCUUCGAGCCCGGGGGCUCAAGUAUGAUCGUUACAGGCGUUGGCUCUGAGGGGGAGGACUGUAAUACUUUCAUUUACACCAAACUCGCCUGAUUUGAGCUAAGUUAAAAGAAUACAUAUCGACGGCCGUUGGUAAAGAAAACGGUCUGGUGCGCCCCUAACACUAAAUUUAUUCUUGGUCGAAUUUUAUUGGUACAAAUUUAUUCAAUUGCUGACGCAACGCAAUUAGGAUUAAUAAAUGUUUCAUAUAAAAUCCGUUUCAUAUAUAUCUUAUUUCAAUCUCUAUAUACCAGAUUUUAUU